AGGAUUACCCCAGUAGAAGACGACGGUGGAGGGGUGAAAUUUGGACCCAGAAGCCUCGGCAAUCCAUAGAAGCAUUGGAGAUGGCGAGCCCAGCUCCGACGAGAUUUACACGAGGAAACCCCACAGCCAGCUUCGCCAAGCCAUCCACAAUAUCGCCGAAGCUGAGGGCCAACGCCCGGGAUGUGCCAUGCUCAGUCCACGUUCCUGUCGGUCUCGCUGCGUUGGAACACCGGGAACUGCCUGUCGUCACAUUUUUUUCUUUCACUUUCCUUGGCGAGAGUCUGCGAGGCCUCGUGUGUAGCAAGAGACUUCCGAUUUAAUUACAAACACCAUCAUAUGGUCGAGUUGCCAAAGUCAUUAUCCUUCCAGAGCAGUUCUCCGUGUGCUUGGCAGCCUCCCCCAGUGAUCCCCGGCUUUUUUCUCCAACAUAUCCCCGGCCGGCCAGGUUCUCUCCACACCAGGGAAGGAAUCCCGGUGGAGCCCCCUCCCCCAAUAUGCCCCUUUCGCUCGCCUAGGCCGAGAAUUCCACUGCCCGGACGGGGAUGAGGCGGCGACGACGACACCACGAGGACAGAAUCAGGCCGUGAAGCUGGGUCUGGCUCGCGAGGGAGGAAAAACUGGGCACGCUUCCCCCAGAUCCCCGCGUUGAGGAAUCCCACUCCUCGACAGUAU